GUUCUGGUUCCAUGUUUUUAUAGGGUAGCAAGGGAACACUUCAGCCAUAAGUCUGUCAGAUGGAUCUAACCAUCGGUACGACUAGUCUGCGAGAGGCCAAGUCAUGAGCUUUAUCUUCCUGGAGGUAACCACUUGCUCUGCAUGAUUGAGUUUGAUGCCAUUGUUGCUUCCUGGUGUGCACUUUAGGUCCACUUUGUUUAUCCUUUUGUUGUCUAGUCUAUGUCAGUCACAUUCUUCCAUAAAGGUAGUCUGCCUCAUGCUGCUUGGUUUUACAUUCCUAACGGGUUCCAUUGAUGGGCAAGUUGUGGUGAGCACAGCCUUGAUUUGUUUGUGUAGACUAGUCAACUUGUUUUGGGGGCUGAGAGGCUGAGCCAACUUGUUGAUGUCGAGAUACAUGAAAGAGAGACAAUAAAAACAUAGUUUGUUUAGCCAUCCCCACGGUUUAUCUUCUUACUGAACUAAUGUCUGUCACACUUUGGUUUCCAGAUUCCCUAUAUAUUAGUCUGUGGUCCAUAGAUUCGUCCUGUAUUUAUCUUGCUUUGUUAACCACUUCACCAUCUGCUGCUCAUUACUUACAUUUCCAGCAAUACUGUGGCCUACAGUCCAUGGUUUCUUCUCUAUUUUUUGGUGGCCCAUCGGCUAUUCUAGAUGCAGGCGUUGUUCACAUGGAGGUUUCGUAUGCAGACAUUGUUUUCUUGAUCCAGUCAAACUCCAGUUGGCACCUAUUUUCUAAUGCACGUGGGUUUCUGUUUUUUGAUAGAUUUAUGUGCUUAUUGAUUACAGUAUCUUGGGACAUAUUCUUGAUGGCAUAUCCACUUUGAAAUAGUCAAUUAAUAUGCUUGUAUUUCCUUAGCAGUAAGCAAUUUUACGAUAUAGACACUUAUAUAUCAUACAAUAUAUAUGAUAGAACAUGAAACAAUUAAAGAAGUAAGGUUGUUACUUUCCUUGGAGUGAUUACUUCAUUAUGUAACUUUCUUUACCACACUUGGAAAUGGGAAGUGGUGCCUCUUAGUUUCUGUAGUUUUAGGAGGCCAAGUUUUAAAGGAUCUGUACCUUGAAGCCCUUUCACUGCUAGGACUCCGAGGUUGAAGUAAUUUCUUAAACAAGCUGGCUUGCAAAAAGGGUGGCAUGCUAAAGUUUAAUUUUCUAUUAUCCAGUGUUGAAAUAUUUACAUCGUAUACUGUUUCGACCGGACAAUCAAAACAGAGAACAACCAGGGCAAACCUUUACACAUUUUCAGGAGCUACAAACUGCGAGCUGCAGUUCGCACCGUAGAACUUGAGUGCUGGCAUGGUACUCUUGUGAAUAUAUGUUGAAGGUUCUGCAUUUCUUAAUUAAGUUCGCCAAAUUCUUGGAUUGCAGUCUCUAUGAAAAUACACAUGAAGGGAUUCCAUGGCGAAUAUAUCUUCAAGGUUCUGCAUUUCAGGAGCUUUUAGUAUUGCAUUUCUUAACUGAGUACGCCAAAUCCUUGGCACUUUUAGUUGGGGUUUCGUGGUUCUCUUUUGAGUGGGGUUUUUCUACUCUUUGCAUCAUCUUGACAUUUUCUUCUAAUGCAAAAUGAGACACGCUUUGGUGUGUGUUUUUAGAUAAAAAACAGAGCAUUCAUAUUUUCAUUGGCAGUUUUGAACCACGUUAUCCUCAAACAUUGUGGUCUCCAGUGGACAGAUGGUCUGUCCUUCAACACAGCAGGUGAAUAUAGGCUGCAGCGAAAUUUUUGGAAGGGCUUCAUGUUUCUUUAUGAUGUUUUGAUUAUAUAUCAGCAGCGUCACUAUUUCAAUGGAUUUUCCCCUCAUUUAACAAUUCAGCAUUUAGCAUACCAGCAGUUGGACAUCAAAUCUGCGAUAUAAAGCCUCUUUAAGUCUUUGGUCAGUGAUUAAUCCAGACAUUAUAAGUGGUAAAUAUAGGAGACAACAAGAACACACUGAAACUUAAAUUUUUCUUCCCUGACUCUAUGGGUCAUUUUUUUUCAUAGUUUCCAUGCGAGAAAAGAAGUUCAGUAAAAUUUCCUGAUUCAACUGAGAGAAGGGCUGGUUGGCCCAAUUUUUUUGUAGAAUGGUACCGGAUUUUCUUUUUAGUGUAACAUAGUAGUUUUACUAAGUUAAUAACCAAACUACUUUCCACUCUGCUUAAGUGCAUAUGCAGCGCUUCAUGUUUGUGUAAUGUAGUACUCCCUCAAUUCAUAAUAACUGUCAUGGUUUUUGUUCAAAUCUGAUUAAAAGUGAACUAAAACCACGACGGUUAUUAUGAAUCGGAGGGAUUAACAAGCUUUGUUCUAGGAUGAUGGACAUCUAUUUUUCAAGAUGAUGUGAAGUAAAAAGGAGAUGAAGAGCCGUGGGGCUUGAAGUGAAAAAAACGACGACGACACAUGCGGGAACACAAACGGCUGGACUACCGCGCAGGUGGAUGAUAAGAGAGAUGGCUUAUGUAUUAACCUGCCUUAUUCUCAAAAUGGUUUACCCGGAAAGAAAAUCAAUAUGAGUCAGCCCUACUGAGGUUACUAGAAAUUCACUAAUACUGAAGACUGAACGGAUCAAGUGUAGUGCAGCAGACAUCUUCAUUUUUCUGCAGCAAAAUCCGUUACUAAGUAACACCACCACACGGCCAGGACUCGCACAUCUCACAAUCUACACUACACGGUCGGAGCGGAGUUCAAUUUACACACAGCCAAGAACAACCAGUGCUGUCCAUCCGAAGAAACUUGCGCAUCUGGCCGGGAAGGGGCAGCGGAUCCUAGCAGUUGGCAGGCCAGCACUCGUCUUCCGCUGCCGUCGCCGACGAGGGCUACUGCGUGGUGUAGGCCGCCGACAUGGCGCAGGGAGAGAUCCAACAGAUCAAACCAAGCCCCAACAAAGCGAUCGCCUCAGAGAGGAGCAGAACAGGGCAGGCGUUACACCAAACCAUGGCGACACCGGCAGACCUGACGCAGCAGUUACCGGAGGACUUACUCAUCGCCGCCUUCCGCCGCACGGCCUCGCGGCGGCUCGCUGCGUCUGCAAGGCCUGGCACGCCCUCGUCGACGCUCUCGACCUGCUGAAUCCCUUCCGGUCCUCGCAUGCCGGCUUCUUCAUCAACUACCGCGAUCUCGAUUUCUCCGAGUUCUUCUUCCGUCCCCCGAGAGACGGGGCCGCUGCCGUUAGUGGCAAGAUGCAUUAUGUGUCCCUCACGGAGCACGACGAUACAACCGUCCUGCAUCACUGCAAUGGCCUCCUCCUCUUUUGGUACUACGUGGUCAACCCCGCCACACGGUGCUGGGCACCCUUGCCGCCGCCCCCAUCUGGUCCGUAUGACAUUAACGUCGAUCCACGGUAUAUAGUGUUUGACCCUCCCGUCUCACCACACUAUGAGGUGUUGAUAAUCCCACCGCCUCCGCGCCACGACAUGCAACAACUCGAAUGGCCUCCAUCGCCAUUUGUUAUGCAUGUCUUCUCUUCAGCAACGGGAAGCUGGGAGAACAGGUCCUUUGCUCGGCAAGGGGCUGCCAUAGGGACCGUCGGCAAUAUACAGGAGCUAAUGAAGCCACCGUUCUCCAUGAUGCGAGACUACUCUGCCUACUGGCAUGGACAACUUUAUGUGCUCGAUCGGUUUGUUAUGAGAAUAUCCUUAUCAAACUGCACCUACCAAGCAUUUCAGCCGCCUGUACAUGUUGGUACGAGGGAUCAAGAGCUCUGUCUUGGAAGGUCGGAGAAUGGGGUUUAUUUUGUGUCGUAUGAUCAUCGAUGCCGACUUCGAGUCUGGAUCCUUAAUGAAUCGGACAGCGAGAUCAAGUGGGAGCUGAAGCAUGAUAACAACCUUAAUGAUAUGCUCUCAGGUGGAAUGUAUGAUCAAGAAGUUCAAGGACCCUGGAUUAUGGAAGAUGUCAACUACAAUUUCUAUCACUCUACUUCUCUAACCAAUAUGGAAGAAGCAGAAGAAAAGGAUGCAUUUGAAUGGAACUCGGAUAAUGAGAAUACCCUUGUGUUCUUGGGUUGCGUGGAGACUCUUGUGUUCUGGUUCCAUGUUUUUAUAGGGUAGCAAGGGACAGGGGGAAUACGCAGCCAUAAGUCUGUCAGAUGGAUGUAACCAUCGGUACAACUAGUCUGCGAGAGGCCAAGUCAUGAGCUUUAUCUUCCUGGAGGAGCUACAAACUGCGAGCUGCAGUUCGCACCGUAGAACUUGAGUGCUGGCAUGGUACUCUUGUGAACAUAGGUUGAAGGUUCUGCAUUUCUUAAUUAAGUUUGCCAAAUUCUUGGAUUGCAGUCUCUAUGAAAAUACACAUGAAGGGAUUCCAUGGCGAAUAUAUCUUCAAGGUUCUGCAUUUCAGGACCUUUAGUAUUGCAUUUCUUAACUGAGUACGCCAAAUUCUUGGCACUUUUAGUUGGGGUUUUGUGGUUCUCUUUUGUUCUUCCCAGUGGGGCUUUUUAUUUUAUUUUAUUUUAUUUUAUUUUAUUUUAUUUUAUUUUAUUUUAUUUUAUUUUCUUUUCUUUUCUUUUCUUUUCUGGCUGUACUCUUUGCAUCAUCUCGACAUUUUCUUCUAAUGCAAAAUGAGACACGCUUUGGUAUGUGUUUUUAGAUAAAAAAACAGAGCAUUCAUAUUUUCAUUGGCAGUUUUGAACCACAUUAUCCUCAAACAUUGUGGUCUCCAGUGGACAGAUGGUCUGUCCUUCAACAGAGCAGGUAAUAUUCAUAUUUAGCAUGCCAUUACCCCAUUAGUAAUCAACAUAUAUAGGAGCUGUUAAUCAAAUAUUUUGUUCACCCAUCCAAGUUAUUUGCUGUCAGUCUACUUCAAGCACAUCUCUGAGCCUGAUUUUGGCUUUACUGAUGGCUUUUCUGUAGAUGUAGGCUGCAGCGAAAUUAUUGGAAGGGCUUCAUGUUUCUUUAUGAUGUUUUGAUUAUAUAUCAGCAGUGUCACUAGUUUCAAUGGAUUUUCCCCUCAUUUAACAAUUCAGCAUCUAGCAUACCAGGAGUAGGACAUCAAAUCCGCGAUAUAAAGCUUCUUAAGUCUUUGGUCAGUGAUUAAUCCAGACAUUAUAAGUGGUAAAUAUAGGAGACAACAACAACACACUGAAACUUAAAUUUUGCUUCCCUGACUCUAUGGGUCAUUUUUUUUAAUAGUGUCCAUGCGAGAAAAGAAGUUCAGUCAAAAUUUCCUGAAUUCAACUGAGAGAAGGGCUGGUUGGCCCAAUUUUUGUGUAGAAUGGUACCUGAUUUUCUUUUCAGUGUAACAUAGUAGUUUUACUAAGUUAAUAACCAAACUAAUUUCCACUCUGCUUAAGUGCAUAUGCAGCGCUUCAUGUUUGUGUAAUGUAGUACUCCCUCAAUUCAUAAUAAGUGUCAUGGUUUUUGUUCAAAUCUGAUUAAAAGUGAACUAAAACCAUGACGGUUAUUAUGAAUCAGAGGGAUUAAUAAGCUUUGUUCUAGGAUGGUGGACAUCUAUUUUUCAAGAUGCUGUGAAGUAAAAGGAGAUGAAGAACCGUGGGGCUUGAAGUGAAAAAAAUGACGACGACACAUGCGGCAACACAAAUGGCUGGACUACCGCGCAGGUGAAUGAUAAGAGAGAUGGCUUAUGUAUUAACCCGCCUUAUUCUCAAAAUGGUAAAUAUCAAUCAUAUACACGUUUGAUUCAUAUGUGUCCUCAAAAUGUUGUGUUCCAACCAGCCUUAUUUAGGAAGCGGUGCUUUGAUAAAAUGUAGGGAAAACUUCCAAUAAUUCCACAUAUUCAGUAAAUGAUUAAUACUUGAAUCUAUAAAAAUAAUAUCCUGCUGAUAAUUAUAAACAUAAUAUACAUGCUAUUCUUUGUUUCAAUAUUUUUUUUGACGUAAGAACACAUAUAUUAAUAAAAUAGCAGGCCGUCUCAUUAAAAACCUUUCAGUCCCCUUAGUUACCCUGGUAAGGAAAAGAGUGCGUAAGAAACCUGCUGCUCGGAGAUUACAUAUUGUUCAUACAAUCUAAGGUGAUCAAAUCCCGAACGUAGUCAGGAGCUGAAUCACGCAAACAACCAGAAAACCCAGAUGUACCUAACUGAGCCAGGACAUGCGCUACUCCAUUACAACUUCGCUCCACUUUUAAGAUAGCAAUAUCCCGGAAAAUCUUCAGAAGUUCCCGCGCCUCCAAUGUGGCAACCCAGCUAGUGGAUCGAACUUGGCUUGUGUCUAUUAUCGCAUGUACUGCACUGUAGCAGUCCGACUCCAGCAUCGCGGCCACCGGCGAAUAGAAAUCAGUUGGCGCAAACCUUCAACGCAUGCAAUGACCUCGGCCUCCUCUGCACUCCCACACAGCGGGAAGGACUUCCAUUCAGCAAGUAUAGGAUGGCCGUUAUGAUCCCUGAUAAUAAUACCGACUCCCACAUUCUUGGUCGUAGGGUCCCAGCCAACAUCGACAUUAGCCUUAACUGUACCAUCAGAUGGAGGAGACCAUCUCGCAGCUUUAAUCAUUUCCUGACCUCCAUUCCCAGUGAAAGAUCGAUGAUAAUUGACUAAGUAUGGGACAGAGAGGCAGAGACGGUAGCCUUCCCAUUACCAUGAACAAUGUUGUUCCUCUGAUGCCAAGCACGCCAAAGUAAGAAUAUAAUCUUUGGCCUCUGAUCCUUUAGAGCAUUACCAAGAAGUGCAAAGAUCCAUUCCUUCUGAUUCUCACGAAAAGCCAACUCGUCGGGUAACACCCAUUGUGUACGCACCUCCUCGCGGAGUGCACGCGCAACAGUACAUGAAAUAAGAGCAUGGUGAGAGUCCUCAACCACACAGCCGCAGAUCGAGCAGGUCGGAUUAACCGUAGCUAUACGCCGGUUCAAAUUCUGUCGAGUACCAAGCGAGUCCGACGCCACCCUCUAGGCAAAAAUUCUAAGUUUUGGAGGAACAUUAGCUUUCCAUACGAGGUCCCAAACUUUCCUUUCUCCAGUAGGAUUCACACUAGACUGACCACCGCAGAGAUCUACAAGUUUUGGCUGCAUCCCAAUACGAUAAGCGGAGCGGACACUGAAUAAUCCAUUGUGUUCCCCGCUCCAGGCUAUAAAAUCAUCAGAUGCUCGAGGUGCCAAUUUGAUACUAAGAACCACGCGGCGUCAUGGCCAAAACAGCAAUCACGAACAGCCUCCUCAUUCCAUGUUCUGUUCUCUUGAUCAAUGAGCUCGGACACCCAUUUACGGCAUGAAUGGCCUUUCUUUCUGUCCAACUUGAGAGCACCCGGACGUGGGAGCCAAUUGUCCCUAAAUAUUUUAACACUUGAGCCCGUACCAAUCCGCCAAAUAAUUCAUUCCUUCAGUAAUUCGAGGCCAUGAACAAUACCUUGCCAAGAUUGAGAUUGAUUCUGGAUGAAAGCUGUGUCCAGAAGGUGACCAGACUGAUAGUAUCUAGCUUUGAGUAACCGUGCACAAAGACUAUCAGGGGAAUCGAUCAAACGCCAAGCCUGUCUGGCGAGAAGAGCUUGAUUGAACAUUUGCAAAUCACAAAAACCAGUACCUCCAUAUCCCUUUGGUCUGGCCACUUUAUCCCAAGAGAGCCAGUGCAUCUUUCUCUUGUUGACCUCAUCACCCCACCAAAAAUCACGAAUAAUAUGCUCCAAGUCACCGAUUAAACCAGUAGGAAAUUUGAACACCCCCAUAGCAUAUGUAGACACUGACUGCAAAAUUGAUUUGAUGAGAAUAUCCUUUGCACCCGAGGACAUGUAUCUUUCUGACCAAUCACUUGCAUGCUUGGUAAAUUUUCCCUUGGUAGACUUGAACUUCCCUUUUGUCAACCUCCCUUCAGGCACCGGCAACCCAAGGUAUUUCUCUUUGAAGCAAGUGGUUUCAUAUUUGAGGAUCUGUUUAAUCUCAGCUUGUACCUCAUUCGAGCAGCUUUCCCCAUACAUUAUAGAACAUUUGCCAAGGCUCACUAGCUGUCCGUUCAUAUCUAUCAAGGAUGGAUUUAACAAUAUUUGCUUGAUCCACCAAGCCUUCAAAGAAUAAGAGACUAUCCUCGGCAAAUAAAAGGUGGGAGAUACCCGGUGCACGCCGGCAUAUGUGUAACUCACGCAAAGACUGGGCCUCAAUUUCCGUCCGGAUAAGACAAGACAGACCAUCAACAACAAACAAGAAAAGGUAUGGCGAAAGAGGAUCACCUUGGCGGAUACCACAAGAUGGAGUGAAGGAGUCCAACAUAUUUCCGUUAAAGCGCACUGAGUACCGAACGGUGGUGACACAAGCCAUUACCCACCGAAUCGAUUGAUUUGAAAGCCCAACUUCACUAAAACCCCUUCCAAAAACCUCCAGUCGACGCGGUCAUACGCUUUGACCAUAUCCAGCUUAUAAGCACAAAACUUCUUUCGAGCUGCCGAACCCGUGUGAAUGGCAUGUAUACCCUUCUUUGUUUCAAUAUUGCUCCAGAUGACUCAAUUCUUUUCUUAAGAUGACAUCGAACUGUUGUAAAAUCAUGUGAAGUGCCACCCUAGGAAACUUUUACAACCAGGGGGCAAUAGGAAUAAAAAUCUUCAUCUAGGCCUACUAAUUUGAUACAACAAAACAAUCGCCUGAUGUCUUCACCGCCAUCUGUGAUGACGUAAAUAUAAGAUGUCCUCUUCAGUACCUGCCAUAUAUUCAGUUGGCUAAUGUUGUUUUCUUUUUCACUAGCAGGGUUUGCUUCCUAUAAGUGGAAUAGAUCUUUCCGCCUGUCCUUGGGUUCUGAUGUUUCGAGCUUUCCUGGACUCUCUAAUUGUUGUUGUUUUGUGCUUAUGAGUUAGCUUGCCAUUUGUUCUGACAGUUACAUAUGAAGUGCAGAUAGUAGUAGCUAUACAUAUGUACUGAAGUAUAUCGUAACCAUCUAUUUUGGCUUUAUACUCAUAAUAAGCGACAAUGUCUCCAUAGAAGAUCAUGACGUUAUGUAUGCGUUGGCACUUCCAUAUAAUUUCAGAUGGUUUACUUAACGUAUAUCAACCAAUAUCUAUUUUCUUUGUGCAAUACUGACAUCUUGUGCCGGCUUUUCUUUCACAAUACUGACAUCUUCUACUCCAACAGUGAAUCUGUUGCUUCUCAGUUUUUUUCCAUGACAAUUCCAAAAUUCUGAUGAUCUGUAUACUGUUACAUGACUUUGUGCACCAAAUAAAAGCCAAUGCACCAAUAGUCAGUUACUUAUUCACUUCUCAGAUUUCUUAACUCAAGGACAUGGCUGCAAAAUUUGUACAACAAUUUAUGUAUCUUCAUUGGCGCGGCGUGUCGCCAUGCCAACAUCCUAUUAUCGCUUUAUAUGUGGUCUGCAAAAAAGGAAAAAAUGUUAGAAGAAAAAAUAAUUUCCUUUUGCCUUUCCAGAAUGACGAUUUUUUGUUUUUUUAGCCUACAAUAUAACUUAUUAUCUAGUAGAACUCUGCAGAUAAGUAGAUAGCAUGUGUAUGUAUCCACGUAAAAGAGAUUGGAACUAUUUGAAACAUCAAAUACCACUUUUGAUCUUUUGCUAAAAAAAAUAUCGAGAUCACCGGAGAUGGGGAGGCAAAAUACCGGAGUAUUUGUUUUUUGAACAGUGAGAAUUAUUUGUUUGGUUUUGAGCUUGAUUAUCAGUGUAAACCAUACACUAAAGUUUUUUUUAAAGGGUAUUCUAUGAAGAUUGCAUGAAAGUAGAGAGAGGGAGUCACCGAGAAAGCUUCCUCCCCCUGUUUAUCAUUUCCAAGUCACCAAUCUUCCUGAGGUAAAUCUUUGUGAUUGAGAAACUAACGCCCGAAUAUAGUUUUCUUUAAACAGGUUUACCCGGAAAGUAAAUCAAUAUGAGUCAGCCCUACUGAGGUUACUAGAAAUUCACUAAUACUGAAGACUGAACGGAUCAAGUGUAGUGCAGCAGACAUCUUCAUUUUUCUGCAGCAAAAUCCGUUACUAAGUAACACCACCACACGGCCAGGACUCGCACAUCUCACAAUCUACACUACACGGUCGGAGCGGAGUUCAAUUUACACACAGCCAAGAACAACCAGUGCUGUCCAUCCGAAGAAACUUGCGCAUCUGGCCGGGAAGGGGCAGCGGAUCCUAGCAGUCGGCAGGCCAGCACUCGUCUUCCGCUGCCGUCGCCGACGAGGGCUACGGCGUGGUGUACGCCGCCGACACGGCGCAGGGAGAGAUCCAGCAGAUCAAACCAAGCCCCAACAAAGCGAUCGCCUCAAAGAGGAGCAGAACAGGGCAGGCGUUACACCAAACCAUGGCGACACCGGCAGACCUGACGCAGCAGCUACCGGAGGACUUACUCAUCGCCGUCCUCCACCGCCUUCCGCCGCACGGCCUCGCGGCAGCUCGCUGCGCCUGCAAGGCCUGGCACGCCCUCGUCGACGCUCUCGGCCUGCUGGAUCCCUUCCGGUCCUUGCUGGCCGGCUUCUUCAUCAACUACCGCGAUCUCGAUUUCUCCGAGUUCUUCUUCCGCCCCCCGAGAGACGGGGCCGCCGCCGUCAGUGGCAAGAUGCAUUACGUGUCCCUCACGGAGCACGACGAUACAACCGUCCUGCAUCACUGCAAUGGCCUCCUCCUCUUUUGGUACUACGUGGUCAACCCCGCCACACGGUGCUGGGCACCCUUGCCGCCGCUCCCAUCUGAAAUGGGCGUUGGUCCGUCUGACAUUAACGUCGAUCCACGGUAUAUAGUGUUUGACCCUCCCGUCUCACCACACUACGAGGUGUUGAUAAUCCCACCGCCUCCGCGCCACGAGAUGCAACAACUGGAAUGGCCUCCAUCGCCAUUUGUUAUGCAUGUCUUCUCUUCAGCAACGGGGAGUUGGGAGGAUAGGUCGUUUGCUCGGCAAGGGGCUGCCAUAGGGACCGUCGGCUAUCUGCGGGAGCUAAUGAAGCCGCACUUCUCCAUGAUACGAGACUACUCUGCCUACUGGCAUGGACAACUUUAUGUGCUCGAUCAGUUUGUUAUGAGAAUAUCCUUAUCAAAUUGCACCUACCAAGCAUUCCAACCGCCUGUACAUGUUGGUACGAGGGAUCAAGGGCUUUGUCUUGGAAAGUCGGAGAAUGGGGUUUAUUUUGCGUCAUUCGAUCAUCGUUGUCGGCUUCGAGUCUGGAUACUUAAUGAAUUGCUCGGCGAGAUCGAGUGGGUGCUGAGGCAUGAUAACAACCUUGAUGAUAUGCUCUCACGUCGAAUGUAUGAUCAAGAAUUUCGAGGACCCUGGAUUAUGGAAGAUGUCAACUACAAUUUCUAUCACUCUACUUCUCUAACCGAUAUGGAAGAAGCACAAGAAAAAGAUGCAUUUGAAUGGAACUCGGACAAUGAGAACACUCUUGACAGUAAACUUAGAGUUAGGAAUCACUGCAAUGGAAGUGAAAUCCUUGGAUUUCAUCCUUAUAAAGAAAUUAUCUUUCUAAAUGAAUCAGAAGAUAGAGGAUUAGCCUAUCAUCUCAAUAAUUCGAAGAUUGAAGACUUGGGUAGCAUCUACCCAAAACAUUACGUUUCCAUGUUUAGUUCCAUAGAACAAUCUUUUCCAUACACACCGUGUUGGAUUGAGAAUUUACCUGGCAGCAUUUAGUCAA